AUGACGUCGAACAUCCCCGAAGUGCUCCUGCUCUGCAUGGACAAAGACUUCAUCACAGCCUUCAACACAGCACUGAAAAAGACCUGGCCAUCACACGACAACUCUAAAGUGAAGAUCAAGCCAAUAAAUGAACGCUUCAACUCCCUCCCAGCAGAAACAACAUUCGACCUAGUCGUCUCACCGGCAAACUCCUAUGGCCGCCUUGACGGUGCUUUUGACCAUGCCAUCUCAGCAACCUUCAGCCCACGCGACGACUACCACGCUCUAACAAGAGCCGCGCAGGAAGUCCUCUAUGAAAAAUGGCGCGGCUUUGCACCGCCCGGAUCAUGCACUCUCGUUCCAUUCCCGACUGAGCUGAGGAAGAAUGGAUACGGCUGCUCGUGGGUGGCGAUUUGUCCCACGAUGCGCGAGCCCAGUAAUGCGAACUGGGAUCGUGAGGUUGUUUACGAGUGUGUUUGGAGCUUGUUGUGCCAGAUUGAAGGGUUUAAUCGAACUCUUGGUCAGGGUGGGGAUAAGAUUGAAAGGAUUCUUAUGACGCCUCUGGCGGUUGGGGUUGGUAAAGUUAGUGCGGAGCGGUGGGCGACGCAGACUGUGCUUGCUUUUAAGCACUUUGUUGAUGCUGUUGAGAGGCCGAAGAGAUGGGGGGCGUUGCAGUGGAAUGAUAUCGAGAAGGAUUGCGCUGAAGUUGAGAAGACGUGGAAGUAUUAG